AUGACAUAUAAUUUUCUAUCAUUGAUUGAAGAUUACGACUUGGAAUCGCGUUUCAAUAUAAAGAACUUUGUUCGCCAGUUCAUUAACACAGCGAUUAUGAAAGCUAUGAGGAUAAUAAGUGAUAUGGACGACAGUUCUGAUAUAAUAAAACGAAGAAAUGCUAUCGUCACUAGAUCGCUGAGUCCUUUUGGUGUCGAAUGGCACACUUGUGGUAGUAUCAGUGUCAACAAUAUUAUAAACAGUAUUAAGAACGAAAUGCAAGCAUGGAAUAAUUUGCCGGAGUUAAAAGAUUGGAUGUUCAAUGUAGAAUUCAUUAGUCUUUCUGCCGGAAAUAAUACACAUUAUUACAAAUAUGAAGUAGUUUGGAGCGUACCUACAGAGUCAUAUCCUGAACCACAGGUGACAGUUACUGUAUUGUUUGAUAUCGCUGUAAAUUUCAAUUACCCAGCGCAUUAUCCUGUCGACGUCACGUAUACUUUCGAAGCUUCUAAAUUUGUCCAUCGAUUGGAUAUGAUCUUUCAACCUAAAUGGCUUUACGAUAUAUUAGAUAUGAAAACUAUAAUGUUUAAAUCAUUUGAUUUUUAA